AAAUUAGUUUGAUCUGAAAAAAGGGCUUUUUCCUCUCGGGCCGCUGCAGCUUCGGAAAGGGCUGCCAGACUCCAUUAUUGCAGCUUUUAAGGAAGCCCUUUCUAUCUCUUCCUCUCAAGUCUUUCAUUGCUAUUUCCUGUUCCUGGCAGAAACUUUCCAUCUGUGGAAAUUGCAGGUUUUAUUUAUGUUUGUAUGCCUAUGAUUUUAUCUGUCAAAAUUGCCUUGAACAAGGUUCUGCCUACCAAUAUUUUAAACUCGAGUGAAAGGGCAUCCUGGUUGGGGAUUAUGGGAGUUCAUAUGCAAUACCUCUGAAAGCCUUGACCCGCUUCUGAGUUAAAUAUAACUUUUUUGCAGUUGUGGUCUCCCUUGACAAAUUCGUGGAAUGUGGACAAUUUUCAGGAUAUGAAAAUAGGUUGAUACCUAUUGCAACAAUGACAGCUACUUAAUAAUUGUUGCAUCCAGGGCCAAUGUUAAGAAGCUGUUUUUCUAUCCCAUUGCUUUUUUAGUUUUAAACAGAAGAGAACUAAUAUGAAUUCAUUUUCUGUUGGGCAAGACAAUCUGACCUGGGUCAUGGAAUUACUGAACAGUAUCAAUAUGUCUCCACAUAAUAUCAUAAACGGUUUCACGGAUUACUCAGCAUACUUUUUCUGGGUGUCAGUACUGUUCCUACUUCUCUUUUCUCCUGUUUUAAUAAUUCUUGGUUUUAUUUAUUUUUCUAAUUUUCUCUUGCAUAUUUACAAGAGAAAAGUUAACUUAAAGGAACAUUAUCUCAGUCAAUCAUGGGACAAUGGACGGAGGGCUGUGGCUCACCUUUGGGACAUGUAUGGUACAGUGUGGCAUGGUUAUGAGAUACAUGGAAUGGAUAAAAUACCAGAAGGACCAGGGCUUAUCGUAUUUUACCAUGGAGCCUUUCCUCUAGACUAUUACUACUUUGUAUCUAGAUUAUAUUUAAGAACAGGCAGAUUUUGCUGCACAGUGGUUGAUUACCAUUUUUCCAAAAUACCAGGUAUAAAACUGUUUUAUAACGUGGAAGGCCUUACACAUAAUGGAAGGAGAGAAUGUGCUGACAUUCUGAAAAGGGGAUACUUAUUGGGAGUUUUACCAGGUGGAACCCGAGAAGCACUGUUUAGCGAUGAGAACUAUGACUUUUUAUGGGGUAGCCGGACAGGCUUUGCUCAUGUGGCUAGAGAUGCAAAAGUGCCUGUCAUUCCUAUAUUUACAAAAAAUCUACGAGAAGGAUACAGAACACUUGGGAAAAUAUGGCCAUUCAAAUGGUUGUAUGAACGUACCCGAUGGCCAAUUGUUCCUAUAUAUGGUGGAUUUCCUGUGAAAUUUUGCACAUAUAUAGGAGACCCCAUUCCUUACGAUCCAAAUAUAUCAGCUGGAGAAUUAGCUGAAAAGACCAAAAGUGCAAUAAAAGAUCUCCGAGAUAAAUACCAAGAAAUACCGGGUAGCAUACAAAGAGCACUAUUGGAAAGAUUUGAGAAACACCUAGAGAAAUGAUGCCUUUCUGCUUGAGAAUAUGUAGACUCCAUUUGCCCCCACCAAGAAAUAUAUUGUGCUAGUGAUUUGAGGUUUUUUUUUUAAGGAAAAAAAAAGUUCACUUCAGUCACUAAAUUUUAAUAUACGUGUAUUAAAUAUGCAAGUGGAAUAUCUGUUGCUUGUUUGCAAUUUUAGAUGUUAGAUUUGUUGUGUAUAUUUUGCAUAUAGAAAAGAGAUAUAGGU